AGGAAGAGGAGGAGGAAGAAGGGAGGAGGGCAGCGGCACCUCCGGCCUCGGCCGCCGCUCCCGUCCCUCCCGGGGGCGGCGCCAUCAUCCCCCCCCCACCCCGCUCCCCCCUCCUGGGCCUCGUCGGCUGCCGUCCGGCGGCCCCAGGUGAACGCGUAUCCCUCCGCCGCGGCCGCCCCCACCGCCGUAGUCGCGGCCGCGCAGUCCCCGGAUGGAAACUGUUAUGGCCGCCGACAGCGCCGCGCCGGGCCGUGGGGACGGGCGAGACCUUUUUUCAGUAUUUCUCCCGACCGUGGCCUUUUCUGAGUUUUAUGUAUUUACCUCUUCUAUGUGUGUGGAAAAAUAUGUAAAAGGCUGUUGAAGAAUUGAAGUCUUUUCAUAAUGAGAGAAUAAAAUGGGAAAGUUGUUGAACACUGAGGAUAACUCAGCACAGUAGUCUUGUUUGCUGCAGGAACUAAGCCUAAUCACAAGAAUCCACUUAAAGAAAAGGAAUACCUGUGAAAUCAUGCCAUCUGAAAAGGGCCAUUUUUUUCAUGAUAAAAAGCAAAUUAAUUUGUUAAAACACAAUGCUGCAGAUAAUCUUUAUAUGGAUACUACUUUGGAAAAAGCACUGGGGAAUGAUCCUUUAAGUAUGAUGACUCGACCAGCAAUUUUAGAUGUCAGUGUCUCCUGUGAACUAAAGAAUGCGAAGAUUGAUUUACCCAAAGUGAACAUUCCAAAUGAAGUGUUAAUGAAACAUGAAGUUGAUAGAUUUAGAAGACUAUUUCAGUGUAAACAGCAAACUGCAAGGAAGUCCGUAAAUCUGGAGAAAGUGAAUGGAAGUAGUCCCAUUUGUUCAGAGGGAAGCCAUGUACAGAAUAUACCAGAAGUGCAAUUUGAAGAAGGGCUGAAAACUACAGCAAAGAUACUGAAUUUCACUUGUACGAAGUGUGAGGAUAACGUUAGAUACAGCCCAAAUGACCUACAGAAACAUUUUCAGCUGUUACACUAUGGCGAGUUGCCUUUGUAUCCUUGUGAAAUGUGUAACUUCUCAGCUAAUGACUUUCAGUCAUUUAAACAGCAUAGACGCACCCAUCGCAGCACUUUAGUGAAAUGUGAGCUCUGUAAUGAUGAGCAUAUGUACACUUUGUUCGAUUUGACAAAACACUUCACAUCAAAGCAUUGUGUAAAUGGUCACUUUCAAUGUGAAAAAUGUGUGUUUUCUACCCAGGAUGUGGGCACAUUUGUUCAGCACAUUCACAGACAUAAUGAGCUUCCUUAUAAAUGUGGAAAAUGCCAUCACGUAAGCUUUACAAAAGAGGAGUUCCAGAAACAUGUUGUUGUCCAUACCAGCGUGUUUCCUUUUGGUUGUCAGUAUUGCAGUUACAGAACACAGCGGAAAGAUUAUCUUUUUAAACACAUUAUAUCUUUGCAUAGAGACCACUUAUAUACAAAAGAACAACUGGAAAAGGAUAAAUGUGAAAAAAGAAUAGUGAAGACUCCAGCAGGACUAAAGCUUGUGUUAAGAAGGUGUAAAACGGGAGCAUCGAAAAAACCUCUCUGGAGACGGAAAAAAAUAAUCAGUGGAAGUGACAAAACUGAAGAAAAAAAUUCACAAGUGCUAAGAAGUGUGAACAAACUUCAGCCAAAAUUGGAUGAGUUGAACCAGUGUAUGAGAGACGUGGAAGCAAAUGAAGAAAAAGAUCGAAUUAUGUAUACUGAAAAGCAUAAUUUCACAGGUGGAAUGCUCUCUGCUACUGCUGCACAAUACAAUAAAGCAGAUGAUGGAACAAGCUUCAGCCUGGGAUUAUUGAAAAAUGCCAUUCCAGGGCCUACGGUAUUGAUGGUGAAAAACAAUAAAAUAUCUGUUCCAGCAAAUUACAGUGCUAAAUUUAUGGGAUUUAAAAUGGUAGAUGGAAAGCAACAUAUUGUUAUAAAAUUAUUACCUACAAGUAAGCAAAACUUGCAUGUGUUGGGUCAGAAAGCUCAUUCUCUUAAAGAUGGCUCUACAACUCCUUUGAUACAGACUGAUGAUCCUUGUAGUUCGUCUUUAGGUGCUAUACCAAAUGUUGCUGAUCAGUCAACCUUAAAGAACAAUUCCAUUCACCCAUUACCCUCUCCUUUGUUUUCUUCUGUUCCUCCUUCAGGAAAACCAAAAGUGGAAAAACAAAACUCUUUAUUGUAUGGUAGGAGUCUUUCUCAAACUGUAGCACCUUCUAAUGUAGCUGUAGGAAAAAAUUCGUAUCACUUGCCAAUGAAGUUGGGCUCAACUGUAUCUCCAUGUGAUGAGGUGACAAAAAUUGAACCUCGAAGUAACAUCUCAUGGGGAAACUGUAGUCCUCCAAGUCAUCCUCAGGUAUUACCACCAACUAUUACAAAUGCGCUUCACUAUGACCAUAUGAAAAUGUCCUUCUUUUCUGAAUUGAAAAUGCAACAUGGUGGCCUGAACAAUGGUAUUGGAAAUAGUGAUCUCUAUUAUUCACCUUCAGUUGAUUCUUCUAAUGAAGGGUUGCUGUCGUUUCAUAAUUAUUCUAAAAUGGAUACUUCGGAUAAUCAGUGUAGCUUUUGGAUGUCAACAGAUGACAAAUCUAAAGAGUUUAUAUCCAGCCAAACAGUUUCUUUUCAAAACAGAAUUGAGUCUGCAUCUUCAUAUUCAUAUCCAGAGUCAAUCAAAGGCUUAAAACAAGAGAAAAUUGUAUCAGACGAAUCAAAUAUUAAAACUUAUGGGUACAUGAACACUAAGAAUAACUCUGUGUUUUCUAAAGGCCAAUCUAAAUGUGUUAUUGACAGAGAGUGUUUUGUGGAAGACCAGCAUAAUGGCCAGCAGUAUUUGGAUGCUAACAUACAUCAAGACUUUGAGAACGUAGCUGAGAAAUUCCAAGAAAAUGGAUCAGAUUCUGUUAACUCGGUCUUAAUGCCUAAAAUCACAUCUGUUUUCUCAUUGCAAAGUGAACAGGCAGCUCAUUAUUUAUCGCCUGAAAUAAACCAGUUAUUGCAAGAUGUGUUAAAAGUGAAAGCAACUACUCAGCAAGAAUCCCACAGCAAGUCAAAUAACUGCAUAAAACUUCAUUCUGACAAGCUGCUUUCUAGUCAUGAGACAGGGAAUAGAGCCUUUGCACAUUUAAAAAGCUCAGCAACCGCAUGUGGUUUUCAGAGGCCUCCUACUAAUGCUGGUUUUCAUUUAUGUAAGAGAGAGUUGAACACAAGCUGUAGCACAAAUGAAGGUACGCAUUGUAGGAGAGAAAGAAAGAUACCCAGAACAUUAUUUGAUUCACAGGGAGUGGAUAUAUUAUCCAGAUCUCCAGGUGCUGGUGCGUCGCUUAAAACUCAUACAGAUGCAAUCAUAACACAGCAACUAGUAAAAGAAGUACAGUCACCAACCCCAAAUCCUAGCAGUUUUUCUCCAGUUCUUCAGGAGCAGAAGAAAACUGUUUUAGUUCAGUCAUCUCCAGGAUUUUUUGUUCCUUUGCACCUUGCUAACCAGCCCGGACUGCAGGUUGUUUCAGGAAAAUCUCUUCCGUCAACCAGUUCAUCUGAUAGUCAUGUGACUAAAGGUGUACCUGCUUCUUUCCUUUUAAAUAAAGGACCUGGAAUGAUACUGACUUUUAGUGGGGCAAUUGGAACAGUUGCAAAUGUCCCUAGUGAUAGUUCUCAGGUUUUAGGCAAUGUCGCAUCCAGAGAAUAUGGUAAAAUAACCAUACCAGCUUCAAAAGUGGAGCGGAAAAAUGACAGCUUCAGAAGCGUAAGAAGUUCCUGUAGUAGGAGAGCACAUCAUCCAGCAAAUGACUCACUGAACAGCACAUCAUUCAAAGGACCUUUUGUAAUUACAAACUCAUCGGAGUCAUCUAUGAAAGGAAUUUCUUCUGUGAAAGUGUUACCAGAGCAUCAGGAUGCUGUCUUUGGUUCUGUGGAGUCAGUAAAACAACAGGAAAUGAAACAGAAACAGCAUGUUUAUGCACUUUUGCCUGAUGGACAGCAGGCAGUUUUUCUGCAAUGUAUGACGCCAAACAAACCUGAAGUACGUAAACAUAGUGUUUUUCAGGAGAGUGCUCAUUGUCAAAAUUGUCAACCAAAGAAAACUGGAGCCAUGCAACAAAAGCUUUUGCUGAAAAUUAAGACUUCUUCAGAUACGCUGACUGAUACCAAUCAGUCAGUGAACAACUCAGUGCCCUCACUACAGUUGGAUAACUUGCAGUCCCUUACUCCUGCACUAGCACAGAAACAGACUAAUCUUACUUCUAAUGAUGCCUUAAUUUUACCAGGUAGGUUAAUGCCAGCAAAUGCCUCUUUGGCAAACUCUAAUCCAGCAUGUUGUAUUCCUUCUGUAGAACCUGUAUAUUCUACCAAACCUGCAGGGACGUGGUUGCGAAAAGGUUCUGUUGAGAGUACGCAAGUAAUAACUGCUAACAACAGGAAUAACUGUGGUAGUCAAAAGUCUACAUGGAGGUCCCGAAACAGAAUGGCAAAAGUAAAAUCUCGCUUAAAACAAACUGGGCCUGAAAGUUCAGAAACUGUGGUUUUACAAAGAAACAAUUUCAAACGGAAAUGCAAGGAUAAUUGCCGCGAACCUCCAAGAAAGAAAGCAAUGUUGCACAGAAAGUGUAAGGAAAAGAAUCAAGCUGAAAUUGUUAGUGAAUCAGGUGGCCCUUACAAACCAAGGGCAUCAAAAGAAACUGUGAGGACUUUGAAACUACUUCCUUUUAAUUCUAAACAGCUUGUAAAAUGCCCUCGGAGAAAUCAACCAGUUGUUGUGCUUAACCAUCCUGAUGCAGAUGUUCCAGAAGUUGUAAAUGUAAUGAAAACCAUUGCUAAAUUUAAGGGACAUGUUCUUAAGGUUUCAUUGUCAAAAAGAACUAUUGAAGCGCUUCUGGAGCCAGCCUUCUGUAAUAAUUUGGAUGUAACUACUGAUGAUCUUUCUCAAAAGAGGCACAAGACAGUAAAACCUAUUAGCCCUGUAAAAGAAAGAUUUGUAUUAAAAUUGACACUGAAAAAGACUAGCAAAAACAAUUAUCAGAUUGUGAAAACUACCUCUGAUAAUACCUUGAAAGCUAAGUUUAGCUGCUGGUUUUGUGGUAGAAUAUUUGACAAUCAGGAUAAUUGGGUAGGACACGGACAGAGGCAUCUGAUGGAGGCUACUCGAGAUUGGAAUUUGUUAAUGUAAUGUAAUGAUGACCAGUGAAGAAAAUAAAACUUAACUAUCAUGCAUCA